AUGUCUUCCAGCGAAGAGUUCACAGACUACGAGGACGAGCUCGAGGAAACGCAACCCAUCAGAAGAAGAGGAGGUAAAAAAAAUGGAGACAAAUCAGGAGGAUAUAAAAUAAGGAACGUAUUGAAGUUGCCGCGAGCUACGACCUAUACGACACAAGCCUUGUACGAACAAAUCAUCAACGCCGAUAUCAACUUGGAGCCGGAAUAUCAACGCGACGUUGUUUGGCCAGAAGCCAAGCAGAUUGGCCUUAUAGAUUCUAUUUUUCGUAACUUCUAUAUUCCACCGGUCAUCUUUGUCUCACACCAACAUGACGAUGGCUCCGAAUCGAAGACGUGCAUUGACGGAAAGCAGCGUCUCACUUCUAUGUAUAGAUUCAUGGAUGGCAUGAUACCACAUAAAGAUCCAGUAACAAACGAAAAGUUAUGGUAUAAAGAAUCAGCGGAAUCGAAACAACGCGGUCGAACCAAGUUGCUUCCUGACAAAUAUCGACGACUAUUUGCAAACAAACAGAUCGUCUGUAUAGAAUACCAAGACUUGACGGAUUCAGAUGAAAGAGAAAUCUUCCAGAGGGUUCAAUUGGGAAUGGCACUUACGCCUGCAGAAAAACUUCAAGUCCUUAGUACCCCAAUGGCCGCCUUUGUCCGCAGCAUCCAGGCAACGUAUUUCGCCACGGAUAGUGUUCUGGGCGAAGACACUCUCAACUGGGACAGAUCUCGUGGCGGCGACUUCCGAUGUAUAGCCCAGGCGUUGUACAUUAUUGCCAAAUUUCCACACCAAAACUCGGUUGGAACGAUGCCGCAGCUUGAAAAAUGGCUUACAAAACCUACUUCUGGGCCAGCGACGAAAAAGGCGAAAAGUAAAAAAAGUGAUGAAGACUAUGAAGAUGAAGUUGAUCUAUCGGAGGAUUCGGCGUUCUUGGAACGUAUUCAUGACACUUUCCGGGUGCUAUCGCAUCUGGUCGACGAUAAAUCACUCAGUCGGGUUUUCUUGAAAAAAGAGUGGAAGGUAUCUCCGGUGGAGUUUAUCACGAUAUGUCUUCUUAUCGCCGUUCACAAAGAGGAGCUGUCGUCGCGCGAACUUGCAGACAAGAUCGGGGAAAUGCGGGCGCAUGUAAGACAGGAGCACGUAGAUAUCCGAAUGAAUGGCCGAGUCUCGAAAACGUUGCUGGAUUUCGUGAAAGGCAUUAAAGUAGGAGGUCCCACGCAAGCCCAGAAACGAAAGAGGGACGCAGAUAUGGAAGUAGAUGCAGAGGCAGGGGAGGCAAGCCGAAAAAAGGUGACCAUCAAAGUUGAACCCUCAUCCAUGUCGCAGAUUUCGCCGUUUGGGUCUGCAAGUCUUCUUCAACAAACUCCGCCAUCGUUACCAUCACGCCCUACCUGGGCUACAUUGCCGCCACCUCCAACUGAUCCACGUCUAACCACGUCCAUACCGCCACCGAACAACUGGCAAGGAUCCUCUCCUAAGAUGACGCCGUCGGUUCCUCCGCCUCCUCGUCCAGUUCCGGACAGGCUGGCAGCGAUUCAUGCUGCCAAAAACUCUAUAAUGUCUUCGUCUCCGUCGGACAGUGUGUCUCCACGUCCGACGCCUAGUGCCCCCGCUGCCAUGCGUAGCACAACAAUGCAGCGUACGAAUAGUGACUCAAUGUCUCAUGGUGGAGUUUAAUCUUGGAUAAGAGUAGUGGUAGUAAGUAGAGAUGAGAAGAGGUAUCGCGAGAUGGAUCGCUAGCGAAACAUGCCCCAUGCGUUUUUGGCGGAAGGCUCAAGUCAGUGCUUGGACUUCUAGAUAGUAUUUCAUCACUCAUUCGCCUUUUCAUUUUUUUCCCAACCGUUGUACCGUAAUUACUAGAUAUAUUUGACCAUACAGCUUGUAUUCCUGCAUGAAUUUUAACAACAGUAAAAUG